CGCUGGACGUGGUGCAGUACCCAGCCGGAGCCACCGGGGGUGGACGGCGGGUUCGAGUUCUCGGUGAUGACCUACAACAUCCUGUCCCAGGAGCUGCUGCGGGACAACGCCUACCUGUACCGCCACUGCCACCCGGCCCACCUGCCCUGGGAGUACCGGCUGCCCAACCUGCUCACCGAGAUCCAGCAGCACGCCGCCGACGAGGUGCAGCAGGACCACUAUGAAGCCCAGAUCAAACCGGCUCUCCAGGCACUAGGUACCGAGUCCGGCCUCUGGGUCUGA